ACCACUCGCUGUCUCCGCGCGCCACCGCGCCCUGUGUCCACGCGCACCACGCUCUGUGUCCCUAUCGCCCCUCGCGCCGCAGACCCGUUUAAAACAUGAGUGGAAAAGUAGUUUUCUUCCUCGAGAGGCGGAUGGCGGAUCUGGGAUUAUGGCAGGCGACGACGUCUCACGUCACUCAGGAACCGCUCCAUUAAGAGCUGUUGGCUCCUCGCGCCCCGACCUCCCGUGGGGCUGGGCUCCUUGGCUCGCGAGUGACUUCCGUUCUGCUGGCAGGGGACACGCACGAGAGUGAUGAAGCCCCAGGAGGGAGAGCUGGUGGCGGAGAUCUCCAAGCUCCAGCUCAUGGUCUCGGAGCUGAAGAGCGGCUUCUCCAGCGCCCUGCUGGAGCUCAGCCAGAUCCAACAUGGCGACUCGUACCUUCGGGAGGAGAUGGAGGAGAACCGCCAGAGCUGCCAGAAGAAGGCGCGGCGCCUGGAGACCCUGGUGGAGACGCUGAGGGAGGAGCUCGGCUCAUUGCAGUGUCAGAUCCUACAGCUGGACGUCAACAACCGAAUGAGGGCCCAGCAGGCAGACAGGGGCACCACCACCACUACCCAGAAGGAGAGUGAGCCAGGGGAAGCGGCCAGGGGAAGGACGCAGUGUGAGGGAUGUUCUGGACAACCGCCACCCUCGUCUUCCUCCCCCAGAGGAAGGCUCCUGCUCCACUCCUACCUGCAGGGUCUCCGGGCGGGUCUGUCGGGGGAGACGGACGCGCGCCAACAGGUGGUGAUGCAGCUGCUCCACUCGGAGUGGGAGUACGUCUCCACCCUGAACCAUCUCUACGACAAGUACAAGAACAGCUCUCAGAUGAGCAGGGAGCCCUAUCAGUCCUACCUGCAGUUCGUGGACCAGAUGCUGCAGCGCCACCUGGUGUUCAGGAACACCCUGCAGGAGCGCUUGUCCGCCGACCACUGGAAGUCUUUAGUGGGAGACCUGCUGGUGCAGCUCAUUGGCCACAACAACACGGCCUUCAUGGACGUGUACAUCGGAUACACCACCAGCCUGGCUCGCUUCCUGUCCCUGGAGCUCCACCGGGGAGACAGGACGCAGAAGAAGACGAGAGGGCUGUGA